AUGAGGUUGUUGAUAUUAUCAAGAAUGAAUUGGAGCGGUUCUCUUGCUCUGUCGCACAACCAGGUUUCUUCUUUCCCAACUCGAUUCUCCGAAUGUACCUCGCUCCGAUACCUGAAUGUGAGAAAUAACCAAAUCAGAGAGUUUCCCUUGCCGCUCUGUGACUUGAGGUCGCUCGAGAUUCUUGAUCUUAGCAAGAACAAGCUCCGCGUCUUACCCCCAGAUAUCAUCAAACUGGCAUCUUUGAAGGUGUUUUCGGUACAAAAGAAUCGCAUUGAGGAGCUGCCAGUUGCGCUUGCCGACAUGGUUUCACUUCAGGUGCUCAAGUUUGACGGCAACCCAAUCACAUUCCCACCUCGGGAGGUGCUGCAAGUGCAGGCGACUAGCCCCCCUAAUGAAGGUUACUUGAAAGAGAGCGAAGUGACCGAAGUUGCCGUCACUGCACACAUUAAGCGCUUUUUACGACAGCACUCCAUGAAUGGCCGUGCAGAAUCGGACACUGCUGGCGAAGAAUCGAGCGAGGGCAUGGAAACCCCUCGAAUGCCUCCCAUCAAACGUGUUGUCAGCGGCCGAUUCCCCAUCAAGGUCAAUGGCAGCGACGUUCCCGACAUUCGAUCUCCAAAUCUGGCCCGUCCUCCUCCCAUUCCCAAUCGGUCACACUACCGGGGACUGUCUCAACAGAACACCGCUGUUCGUCGCCCUGGCGUUAUGCCGUUGACCAUUGGCAACGUUAAUGAGAGACUCCGAAGCAAUUCAGAGACCCUACUUCAGGCAACACGGGGAGAGCGUCCCGAAUCCCGAGCGAGACGGAUGGGGGUUGUAUCACAAAAACCCUCCCAGCUUGGCACUCUGGAUGAGACUCAAGCCAAUAACCGCUUCAGUCACUACCGAGGUCUAAGCCAUGGAUCUGCAAUGCAACCACCACCCGCGAGCCUGUCCGUGAAGAGCCCGAAUAGCCCCGCCGAGCCUUUUCUUCAAAGGCCGAUCUACGUCCGACGACUCUCAGUGCUCCCCGAGCGGAGACGCGAAUCCAAAGUCUACGAUCCGAUACUUGAGGCUGCUAAGGGCAUCCUUUAUGCCGUUUUUCAAAUUCAUCCCAUGAUCCAGAUGCUUAUGAGCUUGACAAGUGAUGGUUCUUCUAAGCGCUCAAGCCUCGAGAUCGUCUUCUACAAUACUAACUCACAUGUUGAGGAGUUGGAACAGGAAAUUCAAAAGCAUGAUCCUGCGGUAGAUGGCGAUGAGAUUACGGGCCGCGAAAAUGAAAACGUCCACCGAGCAUGCCAAACACUUGUCAGUGCCUACACACACGUCUGUACACUGCUCGCAGGCAAUAUCGAUUCCUUUAUCGACAACGGAGAUCCCCGUUACAUCCGCACUUUGUUGAUGCUUAUCUACAACAGUAUCAUGGAGAUCAGGUGCACUCUGGCAUCGGUAUCACCAGAGGCUGGCCCUAUAAAGCCAGCAUCUCGUGGUGUGGCUAUGGGCUCCAUGAUUAAGCCGCAUUCACGCGAGAAUUCUAUUACUCCUACGGCUGAGCGGCUUGGGCUUGCGCAACGUGCCCGCCCCGGCCCGAUCCUACACAACCCGAGCAACCUAAGAGUGGCCACAGAUGUUCCAUUGCCUUACAUUAACGGAACUGGGGCAAGUCGUACCGCUACGCUUACCUCGGCAACCCCCCGCUCCGGAGAAUCCUUUGCCUCAGCAUCAUCUGGCGGACGCGGCAUAUCCGACUUUACUGAAGAGGACAGAUACUUUGAAAAGAUCUUCCUCUCUCUACAGCGGUCAUCCGAGCUUGUCAUGAGGACGUUGCCCAUGUUCCAGAAUCACAUGUCCGUUCUUGCCAAGAAGGCCAUGGGCCGUCGCGCGCCAGACCAUGAGAUGAUGUGCUGGAAGGGCCUCAUUGCUAAGUGUGCUACUGCCGUGCAGCAAACCGAGAUGCUCCGAAGCCGUCUCUCGCUCAUCAAGUUGAAGGAACCUGGCAUCAUGAGUCAGCCUGCCUUCAGGAGCUUAAUCAAUAACUUCAUCGACUCAUGGGCGGAGUUCGGCUACAAGAUUCGAUAUGCAUUUAACGAAGUCAACCUCCCACCUGACACGAGGGUCAGACUGCGUCCCAUUCAGCAAGCCAUGAAAGAGGCGAGGGAUACCAUACUACAGUCACCGUGGAGCUACUUGUUGCGGCAGUCGUCUGGUUCCAACACAUUUAGCCCUAACAGCGGACCGGCCAUAGCACCCAUGCAGCUGCCAAUGACUCCCCAGAGCGCAGCCUUGGGUCCGGCUGUUCAGGCAACGGUUCCCUCUACUCCCCAAAGUGCUUCUUUCGCAGCUGCAUUUAACGGCAAUGUCUUCGAGAGGGCAGAUGCGCUUAUCUCUAUGGGCGGGCUCUCGAUGUCACGAACAGGGACGAUGACCAAUAGCUCAGCCGCUAGUUUCACCAUGUCUUCGAUGUCGUCACUCUCCUCAGACGGAGGAGCCAUGACUCCUUCAUCAGUUAUAAGUCCGAAUGGCUUUGGCCCUGGCCCGGUGCCUCUACGACUCAAUGGAAGCAAAGUCGCAUUCUAG